CGAAGAACGCACAUGAUUAUGUAACAUGGUGGAAGAAGUUGCGUCUUCUUCCCUUGAAUUAACCGAAGAAUCCAUAAAUAAAAAAGAAGACAGAGAAUCAUAGCUUUACUUCACGUAAUCCACAGUUGAAACUAAACAACCAAUUCUCUCUUGAAACCCAAACUUGGUUACAAAUACAUUCCCUCAUCAUUCAUCAUUCAUCAACAACCUCUUCAUCUUCGACCUUCACACACUCUUCUCUCGCGCGCAUUAGACACACGUGUAACUACACAUAUACGUUAACACUACGCACGUACCAAAUCUUUAGGAAGGUUAAUUACGACACCACACCAAUGGCGGCGGUAGCUUUUCUCGCCUCCGCCGCGCUGCUGUUGCUGUCGGCUGCGGCGGCGGCUUUUGGAUCGCCGGCGACUCUCACGCUGGAGAGAGCGUUUCCGACGAAUCAUGGAGUGGACUUGAGUCGGCUGAGAGCUCGCGACGCCUUGAGGCAUCGCAGAAUGUUGCAGUCUUCAAACGGCGUCGUUGAUUUCACCGUUCAAGGCACCUUCGAUCCCUUCCAAGUCGGGCUCUACUAUACAAAGGUGCAGUUGGGUACUCCUCCGGUUGAAUUUAAUGUGCAGAUUGACACUGGCAGUGAUGUUCUCUGGGUUAGUUGUAAGUCAUGCAGUGGUUGUCCUCAAACAAGUGGACUUCAGAUUCAGCUCAAUUUUUUUGACCCUGGGAGUUCAUCAACAUCUUCAUUGAUCUCUUGUUCUGACCAAAGGUGCAAUAAUGGAAUACAAUCAUCAGAUGCCAGCUGUUCCAGUCAGAACAACCAGUGCUCCUACACUUUCCAGUAUGGAGAUGGGAGUGGGACAUCAGGCUAUUAUGUGUCAGAUAUGAUGCAUUUAAAUACUAUUUUUGAGGGAGCCGUGAUCACGAAUUCUACAGCACCUGUAGUUUUUGGUUGUAGCGACCAGCAGACUGGGGACUUGACAAAGUCUGACAGAGCAGUUGAUGGGAUAUUUGGAUUUGGGCAACAGGAAAUGUCUGUUAUUUCUCAGCUCUCCUCACAAGGCAUUGCCCCAAGAGUAUUCUCCCAUUGUCUGAAAGGAGAUAGCAGUGGUGGGGGCGUAUUGGUUCUUGGUGAGAUUGUGGAGCCAAACAUAGUUUACACUUCACUUGUUCCAUCACAGCCCCAUUACAAUUUAAAUCUACAGAGCAUUUCUGUUAACGGGCAGACAUUGCAAAUUGAUUCAUCAGUUUUUGCAACAUCAAACAGCAGAGGUACCAUUGUUGAUUCUGGAACAACUUUGGCGUACCUUGCAGAAGAAGCUUAUGAUCCCUUUGUCAAUGCGAUUACAGCUGCAAUUCCACAAAGUGUACGCACUGUUGUUUCCAGGGGAAAUCAAUGUUUCUUAAUCACCACCAGUGUCACCGACACUUUUCCUCAGGUAAGUCUGAACUUUGCUGGUGGUGCAUCUAUGAUUUUAAGACCACAGGACUACCUAAUACAGCAGAAUUCUAUUGGUGGUUCAGCAGUAUGGUGUAUUGGCUUUCAGAAAAUCCAGGGACAAGGAGUAACAAUUCUAGGAGAUCUCGUAUUGAAAGACAAAAUUGUUGUUUAUGAUUUGGCUGGUCAACGAAUUGGAUGGGCUAACUAUGACUGUUCUUUGUCGGUGAAUGUCUCUUCAACAACUGGCACUGGCAGAAGUGAAUUUGUGAAUGCUGGAGAGCUCGGUGGAAGCACUUCUUUACGUGAUGGACUUAAGUUGACAAAGACAGGGUUCUUGGCUUUCUUUGUGCAACUAACACUAAUUUACUGCUUUGGAUUCUUAUAGCAUUUAUACAUUGUGAGAGAUAUUCUUUUUUUCUAUGUAUAUUCUUUUUGCCGGUAUAUAUUUGUGAGAAUCGGCAAGACCACAUUAAUUUGAAUGUUGCUUGUGCCCUCUUUCUGCAUAAUAGGCUUGUCCGGUUUAUCCUUAGGUGAUUCUGUUGAACUCUAUUAGUCUUGUAGAAUCAGAUAAUUACUCUUUACUUUUGACAGUGUUGUAAAUUACUUCACAGGAUUACUGAUUGAAACGCACACACGCGUUAUAAAAUAUAGCUUUUUGUUAUCUUGAUUCAA